AUGGUCCAGGUGUAUCAUGCUCAGGACCGUAAACCGGACAUCAUGUGGUCAGAAAUCAACGAGGAAUGGACAAUGCAAAACAAGUGGGUGACAGCAAAGUGGAGAGUCGAUCAAAUUGACGAUAAGGAAGAUGGACAAGUUGAUGAGAAGGAAGAUGGACAAGUUGAUGAGGAGGAAGAUGGACAAGUUGAUGAGAAGGAAGAUGGACAAAUUGAUGAGAAGGAAGAUGGACAAGUUGAUGAGAAGGAAGAUGGACAAGUUGAUGAGAAGGAAAAUGGACAAGUUGAUGAGAAGGAAAAUGGACAACUUGAUGAGGAAGAAGAAGGACAAGUUGAUGAGAAGGAAGAUGGACAAGUUGAUGACGAAGAAGAUGGACAAAUUGAUGAGAAGGAAGAUGGACAAGUUGAUGAGGAGGAAGAUGGACAAAUUGAUGAGAAGGAAGAUGGACAAGUUGAUGAGAAGGAAGAUGGACAAGUUGAUGAGAAGGAAAAUGGACAAGUUGAUGAGAAGGAAGAUGGACAAGUUGAUGAGGAAGAAGAUGGACAAAUUGAUGAGAAGGAAGAUGGACAAGUUGAUGAGGAAGAAGAUGGACAAGUUGAUGAGAAGGAAGAUGGACAAGGUGAUGAGAAGGAAGAUGGACAAGGUGAUGAGGAGGAAGAUGGACAAGUUGAUGAGGAGGAAGAUGGACAAGUUGAUGAGGAAGAAGAUGGACAAGUUGAUGAGAAGGAAGAUGGACAAGUUGAUGAGGAGGAAGAUGGACAAGUUGAUGAGGAGGAAGAUGGACAGGUUGAUGAGGAGGAAGAUGGACAAGGUGAUGAGAAGGAAGAUGGACAAGGUGAUGAGGAGGAAGAUGGACAAGUUGAUGAGGAGGAAGAUGGACAAGUUGAUGAGGAAGAAGAUGGACAAGUUGAUGAGAAGGAAGAUGGACAAGUUGAUGAGGAGGAAGACGGACAAGUUGAUGAGAAGGAAGAUGGACAAGUUGAUGAGGAGGAAGAUGGACAGGUUGAUGAGGAGGAAGAUGGACAAGUUUAUGAGAAGGAAGACGGACAAGUUGAUGAGAAGGAAGAUGGACAACUUGAUGAGGAGGACGAUGGACAAGUUGAUGAGAAGGAAAAUGGACAAGUUGAUGAGGAAGAAGAUGGACAAGUUGAUGAGAAGGAAGAUGGACAAGUUGAUGAGGAAGAAGAUGGACAAGUUGAUGAGAAGGAAGAUGGACAAGUUGAUGAGAAGGACAAUGGACAAGUUGAUGAGGAAGAAGAUGGACAAGUUGAUGAGAAAGAAGAUGGACAAGUUGAUGAGAAGGAAGACGGACAAGUUGAUGAGGAGGAAGACGGACAAGUUGAUGAGAAGGAAGAUGGACAAGUUGAUGAGAAGGAAGACGGACAAGUUGAUGAGGAGGAAGAUGGACAAGUUGAUGAGGAGGAAGAUGGACAAGUUGAUGAGAAGGAAGAUGGACAAGUUGAUGAGAAGGACAAUGGACAAGUUGAUGAGGUGGACGAUGGACAAGUUGAUGAGAAGGAAAAUGGACAAGUUGAUGAGGAAGAAGAUGGACAAGUUGAUGAGAAGGAAGAUGGACAAGUUGAUGAGAAGGACAACGGACAAGUUGAUGAGGAAGAAGAUGGACAAGUUGAUGAGAAAGAAGAUGGACAAGUUGAUGAGAAGGAAGACGGACAAGUUGAUGAGGAGGAAGACGGACAAGUUGAUGAGAAGGAAGACGGACAAGUUGAUGAGGAGGAAGAUGGACAAGUUGAUGAGGAGGAAGAUGGACAAGUUGAUGAGAAGGAAGAUGGACAAGUUGAUGAGAAGGAAGAUGGACAAGUUGAUGAGGAGGAAGAUGAACAGGUUGAUGAGGAGGAAGAUGAACAGGUUGAUGAGGAGGAAGAUGAACAGGUUGAUGAGGAGGAAGAUGAACAGGUUGAUGAGGAGGAAGAUGAACAGGUUGAUGAGGAGGAAGAUGAACAAGUUGAUGAGAAGGAAGAUGGACAAGUUGAUGAGAAGGAAGAUGGACAAGUUGAUGAAGAGGAAUAUGGACAAGUUGAUGAGAAGGAAGAUGGACAAGUUGAUGAGGAGGAAUAUGGACAAGUUGAUGAGAAGGAAGAUGGACAAGUUGGACAAAUUUUCAAAUCUAAAUUGUCAUAA